GUUCUUGACGUCCGUUGUCAAAUUGAGAUUAUAUAGUUUGUCUUUGUUAAUAUUUUUUAUACUGUAUAGUCUUGGCGAAAUUUGUGAUUAAGAAGUAUAAAAUACAAUCAUAAUAGUGUACAAACUUACAAUUCCAAUUAAUUAUAGUCGAAUUUCGACUACUGCGGGACCUCUAGUUUACUUAAUUAGAUAGAAACUAACAUUCGGACGAAUAUUUUAGCAGCUUAACGGCCUGGUUAAAAAAUCGAUCUGGCUUUAAAAUAGGUACUCACUUUAGGUAAAUAUUUUACAAUAAGCGGCUGCUCCUGAAUACCACUCUGUACUUCUUAUGACGUAGGGCAAUUUCUGUUUUCCUUUCAAAACUUUUGUUUACAAAUUAAUGACAAGUAGAUAUUUUUAAUCAGUCACUGAAUGUUUAUAUAUGAGGCUAUUUGUGUGCGAAAUUGCAGAUAGCCCGUCGCCCGAUAUAUUAUUAAUGUAGAAUUUAUGUAACGAAAUGGUUGUGUAAAUUCAUAAUGUCUAUAAAGAGUGCAUAUUUGUUGAUUUUUCAAAUAAUUGUAAUUUAUAAUUGCUCGUGCGAUGUAAGCCUUGAACGACGGCAAAAACUGUUACAUGGCUUUAUAAAUUACUACAAUGAUUUACCUAAUCAGGUUUAUAAAACCGAAGUAGGCGUUCUGCAGAAUUUUGAAGAAAUCGAUGAGACCUCUAGUAAAAUAGUAGUCAACUUGCAAGUUGCUGAUAUUCAUAAUCAUGAGUCAAUCAAGUACUUAAGGUGUAGUAGCACAGUACAGGAUUCACAAGAGCAGGGUGUGGUUGUCCUGAAUGAAAUUCACUGUCAGGAGCUACCUGAUCAACAGGGAGUUAGUGUUCAGCAAGAGACCACAGAAAUAACUGAACAGAAUCCCAUACAUUUCGAUAAUGAAAAUGAAUUUAAUACAGUUUCGCCAACUGAACAGUUAAUCGCGGCACCAAGGAAAGAUGGCUUCAGUCCUUGCAUAGGAUGUUCCACACGUGUCGAUGUAGACGCAGCAGGUGUUCAAGAACUGGCUUCGUUAGCAGUUCAUCAUCUUGAUAGACACGACGAUACUGCAAAAUAUAGUCUAAUCUCUGUCGUCGAUGUAGAAAGACAAGUACAGGUGGUUAACGGUGUAAGAUAUAUUUUAACACUCUUAGUAAAUAACAAUACAUGCACUGAAAAUCAAUCGGAAGAUUGCCAAGUGGUUACACCAUGUCGGAUUUCUAUACUCGAGAAACCAUGGCUUAGAUUACCUAGUGGUGUUAAAUACAGAUCUAUUUUAUCGAACAAUUGCACUGAUCAAUGGUUAUUUGGUGACAAUGGUGAUAUACUGGAUGAGAAUUUUGGACAAAAUAAUGAGAUUAUUAAUACUGACAAAAAAGAUGAGGCUGGGGAUGACAUUAUCAAACCAGUGCACGCAAACGAUGUUCAAACACAACAAAACCAAGAAAAAUCCCUAACUGUUGAUCAAAUUAAGGGCUUAGAAGAACAAAUUAUACCUCACGAUGAAUAUACAGUUGUCAGUAGUACAGAGCAAGUAUUGAUUACUACAAGAGCCGAUGGCUUGACUGAAGAGGUUGUUUUUAAAGAUAAGUCCACCCAAGGUCAACAAAAUGUGAUUCGCCAAUUUGAUCAGAAAGAACAAACCGGUUUGACAAAUGAUAAAAAGAAAGCAAUUGAUGAUCUCAUAAAUUUUUUCGAGUUUGCUGGGUUUAAUUUGAAUCGUGACGAAGAAGUCUAUUCGAGGUCAAGAAGAAGUUUCGAUGACGAGCUAGACGUAUUUUCUGUAGCUCAAAAAUAUCGCAAAUUAAAAGAAAGUCUACAAAAUGGUAUGGAAUUGUACAAUUCUGCCCAAGCAAUGAUAGAUUACUUAAACGAAAUUGAUUUGGAAAUAAAAAAUAGAGUUUUACAAGAGAUCAUUCAAGCUGAAGAAGAGGAUGUAAAUUUUCAACGCUUUUUAUAUAUUCAAGCUCGAGUGAUUAUCCCCUGCGAUAAAAAUAAUUGUGAGUUGAGAGAUAACAAAUUCAAAGUUUGCAAUGGUAUUCUUGACAGUACGGAUUCGAAAAAUCCUCAUGUACUGACAGCUUUUUGUUACAAAGAACCCGAUAGCAGCAUAUUUAAUACAAUAAGAACUGUUCCGCCUAACGACCCAAUAUUACAAAUGAUGGUAAGAGUUUCGUUAAAGAAAAUUGAAAAAGAAUCUAAUGAAAAAAAUGCAAUGAAAGUAUCCAAAAUAAUUGAUGCAAAUGUGCAAAAAACUUCGGGAAUAUUAACAAAAUUUUUAGUGGUCCUGGAUCGUUUAAACUGUAGCCAAAAUACGCCCAUAUCAUUAAGACAGAACUGCACAACAGUGGAGGAUCUCGGAUCCAAAGUGUGCGACGUUGUUGUAUUCGAAAAGCUUUGGUUGAAAGAUAAGGAUGUCUCUUUCACAUGCUUGGAAAGGCCUGUCGAAAGCUCAUUCACACGUUCGAAUAUUAGAAAAACUUUUGAAAUUGAUGAUUAUAAAGUUUCUGAAAUGCUGCAAGAGAGUUUAAUGUACUUAGAUGUUAAAUCUAAUAGAAAUAACAAACAAAAGAUAGUGGAUGUGAAUUCUGUAUCAACUCAAAUCAAUGCAGGAUUAUUAACAGAAAUAAUAUUUACAGUGGCUUAUACUUCUUGCAGAAAUGAUGUAAAAGUUGACAUAAACACUUGUAAUGUUUUAGAAGAUGAACCGUUAAGAAACUGUAAGGCACAAAUAUGGGAUCGAACUUGGAUAGAAGACGGAACACAAAUAAAAGUAUCAUGUGACGAUACUCCUUCCGUAAAUGAGAGUACCGAUUUACGUACCAAUAACUCCUUAGAUUUUGUCGGUGGUCUACAGUUGCAAGAUGCACACGAUCAAAAGUAUAAGUUGUUGGCAGAGGAAUCACUGAGACAGUUCUUGCAAAAAAAUGGAACUACAAAGCCCCACACUGUAGUACGUCUAAAUAAAGUGACCACUCAAGUUGUUUCUGGAACUUUAAUACGACUUGACUUCGUGGCUGCUCCGACAGGCGAGGAGUCUCGUUAUCAAUGCCAUUCUGAAAUUUGGGAACGACCAUGGCUGAAGAAAACAGACAUAGAGGUGAAUUGUAAACAAAGUAACGAAAGAUCUAAAAGAAACGUAUUAGGCGGAAUAAAAGAGUCUGAUCUAACAGACCCUCACUAUAAGGAACUGGCUCAGCAAUCAUUGAAUCAGUUCUUGAAAGAAAGUGGCAAUACAAAGCCCCACAUUGUAGUACGUCUAAAUAAAGUUACCACUCAAGUUGUUUCUGGAACUUUGACACGACUUGACUUCGUGGCUGCUCCAACAGGCGAGGAGUCUUAUUAUCAAUGCCAUUCUAAAAUUUGGGAACAACCAUGGCUGAAGAAAACAAGCAUAGAGGUGGAUUGUAAACAAAGUAACGAAAGAUCGAAAAGAAACGUACCAGGUGGAAUGACAGAGUCUGACGUAACCAAACCUCACUAUAAGAAACUGGCUCAGCAAUCAUUGAAUCAGUUCUUGAAAGAAAGUGGCAAUACAAAGCCCCACAUUGUAGUACGUCUAAAUAAAGUUACCACUCAAGUUGUUUCUGGAACUGUAACACAACUUGACUUCGUGGCUGCUCCAACAGGCGAGGAGUCUCAUUAUCAAUGCCAUUCAAAAAUUUGGGAACAACCAUGGCUGAAGAAAACAAGCAUAGAGGUGGAUUGUAAACAAAGUAAUGAAAGAUCGAAAAGAAACGUACCAGUUGGAAUAACAGAUUCUGAUCUGAAUUACACUAAAUUUCAUAUUAACAAGUUCACAAGUAAGAAGCGACUGAAUUUGCGAAAGUCAUUAAUAGGUGGUAAACAUGAAGAAGACCCUUCUGAUAAGGAAUUCAAAGUUUUAGCACAAGAAUCAUUGCAUGAAUAUGCACGUUUAGAAAAAAAUGAUUUUAUCCAUAAAGUUAUAGAUGUUAAUCGUGUAUCUACUCAAACGGUGUCAGGAAAAAUUUAUAACAUUCAUUUUAGCGCUGUACCGACUUCGUGUUCAACAGCAGUUCAGGAUCCUAGUUUUUGCGAGCAGAAAGACGGAAGUAGCAUUCUUCAGUGUCAUGCUAGAAUAUGGAGUCGACCUUGGUUAGGAAAAAAAACAACCACAAUUACCUGUAACCAACGUACCGAAGCAAAGAAGAAAGUGAAAAGACAAACAUUGGACGAUGGUGAUUACAUAGAUGAAGAAUUACGAAAUUAUUAUGCCGAACGUGCAAAUCAAUAUUUAAAUCAAGUAUCAGACACAAAUAAUCUAUACAAACUGAUAACUGUACACGCAAUAAAGUAUGGCAAACAGAUGGGUAGAAAUAUAGUUCAAAUGUAUAUUGAAGUUGCACCAACUUUCUGUUUGCGUCACGCCGACGAGAAUGAACUCGGAGGCUGCGAAGAAAUUGAGGCGCUGGAUCACAAGUUAUGCUAUGGAAGACUUUGGCCUUCGCCUGAUGAUGAAUUAGUCGUUCAGUCGGUUUCUGUGAUCUGUGACGAUGACAACGAAUUCGAAACUGUCUCGGGGAUAUCUAUACGAAGAUUAAUUAAAAGCUCUAUUAAAGAACUCGAAAAGAAUCCAGACCAAAAAUAUAAGUUAAUCCAUUUAGGAACACCUUAUCUAGUUCCCAGUCUUGACUCAGAUGUACCUAUUAAACUUUCAUUUCUGAUUGGAUCAACGAACUGCACUAAGGAGGUAGAUAUUGAAAACAGUCCUCUUCAAUGCUUCUUGGACGGUAGCAAAUCAUCGAAACCGUGCACUUCUUUUGUAUGGUUCGUUCCAAAUACAAAAGAUAUCUAUCAAAUCAAUGUCCAGUGCGUAGAACCGGCAACGCGCCAAAAAAGAUCGGUGUCCUUAAACUCGGCAAAUGUUUCCGCGAAUGAUUUAGAAAUUCGGGAAUUAGUAAAACAAUCCUUGGAUAAACUGGAAAUGGCAUCCGUUCAUAGGUAUAAACAAAGGGUAAUUCAAAUAAAUUCAUUUUCGACUAAGAUAACAACAGGAAAAGUGACUACUAUAGACUUCGAUGUCGGUUACACGUCGUGUCUAAAGUAUGAGUGGGUCGAUGACGUCAUGACUUGUCAGUUUUUGGAACACCUACCCAGGAGACAUUGCGUUUCUAAAGUAUUCGAAAGGUUAUGGGCUGCGAACGGAAAGAAUAUCGACGUUAGUUGCGAAGACGAUGAAACACCAUUAGAAGCGCAUGUUGAAUUCGAAAGUGCAGAAAUGGCGUUGCAGCUAGCUAAUGAAGCACUAAAACACAUCGAGGCCCGAUACCCGAAUCCGAGGAAACAAAAGAUUUUAAGAAUAUUCACGCUAGAAAAACAAGUGGUCGCCGGUAUACAUUACAGAAUGAAAGUUGAAGUCGGCCUGACGAAUUGUACAGCUUUGACGAAUCGAUCGGAUUGUAAACAUAUUAGUGACGAGAGCUUGAAUAAAUUUUGCCGCGUGAACGUUUGGAUGCGACCCUGGACAAAUCAUCCACCUAACUUCAGAGUGACAUGCGAUUAUCAAGAAAGCGCAACAAUUGAUCUGUACCACCACAUACAAGCUGAACAUUUGUUUUAUGAUUUUUUGGCGACACACAAACCGAAUUACAUAGACGAUGCCGCCGAAAUGCGUAGGAGAUUCGAAAUUUUUAAGGGCAACGUAAGAAAAAUUCACGAAUUGAAUACACACGAACGCGGUACCGCCGUAUAUGGAAUAACGCAAUUCGCCGAUUUGUCCUAUGAAGAGUUUGGAAAGAAAUAUCUUGGCUUGAAACCUAGUUUGCGAGAUACCAAUCAGAUUCCAAUGAGGCAGGCAGAAAUCCCGAAGAUUGAAAUCCCCGAUAAAUUCGAUUGGCGCGAUUAUGACGCAGUCACCGAUGUUAAAGACCAGGGUAUGUGCGGAAGCUGCUGGGCCUUUAGCGUUACUGGUAAUGUCGAGGGUCAAUAUAAGUUGAAGACUGGACAGCUGCUGUCACUCUCUGAGCAAGAGCUGGUGGACUGUGAUAAACUUGACGAAGGAUGUAACGGGGGUCUACCUGAUAAUGCGUACAGAGCGAUAGAACAAUUAGGCGGCUUAGAACUAGAGACGGACUAUCCAUACGAAGGCGAAGACGACAAGUGCGUGUUCAACAAGAGCAUAGCCAGAGUGCAGAUCAGUGGUGCAGUUAACAUAACCUCAAACGAAACGGACAUGGCGAAAUGGCUCGUGAACCACGGACCCAUAUCGAUCGGCAUCAACGCGAACGCCAUGCAGUUCUACAUGGGCGGGAUAUCCCAUCCUUGGAAGAUGCUGUGUAAUCCCACGAAUUUGGAUCAUGGUGUUUUAAUCGUUGGAUACGGAGCUAAAGACUACCCUCUGUUCCACAAGCACCUUCCGUAUUGGACGAUAAAGAAUUCGUGGGGGAAGUCGUGGGGGGAACAGGGAUACUAUCGGGUGUACCGCGGUGACGGAACCUGCGGCGUCAAUAAGAUGGCCAGCAGUUCUGUCGUGUAGUGCCUUCGUACCUAACUAAAUACUGCAAUGUGUACUAUAAAAAAGUAUCACAUAACCCUUUAUUUAUCUUUAUCGGGUUUAUACGUAUUAUGGCUUCUCCUUAAUAAAACGAAUAUAAUGCAUCACUCAAUUGACUACUUAUUAUUAAUAUUAAUUUUGAAAAUGUUUAUUAAUAUAUAAACGAAAAUAAAAUUAAAAGGUGUUUUUCAAAAAUUUUAUAAAAUUACUAGUAAGGGUAAAAAAAGUUAGAAACAGAGCAAAGUAUAUGUUAAAACGAUGACGUCAUUGUUCAUCUGUUAAAAUACGUUUGGUAGGGGAAGCUAACUUUCACAGUCGCAUACAUUAUAUUUCUUUAUGAUUAUAAAAUAUAACAUGAUUUCUAAGCUGAAAAUGGAAAUUUCGCUGCCUUAUUGUGAAUAAUUAAUUAAGUAAGGAUUAACUAUGAAAUUAUAUAAAUAAAUAAUAUAAGAUCUGAUUAUUUAGAAAAUUAAAAUUAAUUAAGAUUUGCUUCGGUAAAAAAUCAUUUUAUGUUACUAAAAUUUGUGAAUUGAUAAACAAUUACAACACUAAAUUUUAUAUACCAUUCAAAUAAGUAUUUCGCUACUAAAUUUUUAAAGCAAUAUUUCUAGUUAUGCCAAAAAUAUCCUAGUUGAAUUUCGUUUACGUACUAAAUAAAAAUGAGUUUUUAACUGGAACACGUAACCCUAAUGAGAAAUAUUGAGAAAGUGCCUUAUUAAAUUCCGUUUUAAAUGUUUUAUGUAUACGAAAUAAAUAAUCGUUGACAGAAAAACCAAAGGGCCGGAUAUCCAAGUUCGUAAACAUCUUUUUUCUAGUCUAAAAAAUAAUAAUACCGUAGUCGAUACAUAUGCCUUCCGCAUAGGUAAAGAAAAACAUCUUAUCUGCAUAGUAUAACAAUAACUAUCUUGAUUGACUUAAAGGGGGGCGUUGGGGGGCUUUGGGGGGCGAUUUGUAAUUUCACCUAGGAGGACUCUUAAACACCGAUUGAGCUCUCGCUACCAGUGGUUUAUAAGUAAAAAAUAAUUUAUUUUCAAUGUGGGCAGUAGACAAAAUAAGUCUAGGAGCCCCUGCCUGCACUAAGUGGUAGUCUGUACCAUGCGGUACGUGCCACCCAUGAUCGAACACAGUGGAGGAACGUCACAUGUAGUCGCGAUCCUCAGCAGUAAGGGAACGAUAUAGAAGAAGAAAGAAAACGUUUAGGACCUAAACCUUACUCGUCGUUUUGGGGUUAUGGAUUCGAGUUAUAAGUUGCGAAAAUUGGAUAUCUUCUCACUUUUUGAAAUGAAUUCGAUUGUGUAGUGUCAAAGACGUAUUUAAAAAAAAUGACAUUUAAAAUAUUUGUGUGUAAAUCAUGUAAAUAAUAUUUGUUCGUUCGCUUUAUUAUAUAUGUUUAAUAACCAGAUAACUCCUGUACAUCGUGUACAAUCUGUACUAAUUUUAAAGAAAUGUUUAUGAAUCUAUGUUUAUUUUAAACGUUUUUAAUUUUGUUAUGAAAUAAAUAAAUUGAACUAAA